CUGCCGCUGCUGCCGUUGGCUCUUAUUCUCCUCCUCCUCCUCCUCUCUCCUCCUCUCUGCUCCUCUCUGCUCCUCUCUCCUCCUCUCUCCUCCUCCUCCUCCUCCACCUCCUCCUCCUUCUCCCCCUCUCUCUCCCCCUCUUUCUCUCUUCUCUUUCUCCCCCGUCCCCCGCCCCCUCCCCCCAGGCCUGAUGAGCAGGUCUCGCGCCUCCAUCCAUCGGGGGAGCAUCCCCGCGAUGUCCUAUGCCCCCUUCAGAGAUGUACGGGGACCCCCUAUGCACCGAACCCAAUACGUUCAUUCCCCGUAUGAUCGUCCUGGUUGGAACCCUCGGUUCUGCAUCAUCUCGGGGAACCAGCUGCUCAUGCUGGAUGAGGACGAGAUACACCCCCUCCUGAUCCGGGACCGGAGGAGCGAGUCCAGCCGCAACAAACUGCUGAGACGCACAGUCUCCGUGCCGGUGGAGGGGCGGCCCCACGGCGAGCAUGAAUACCACUUGGGUCGCUCGAGGAGGAAGAGUGUCCCAGGGGGGAAGCAGUACAGCAUGGAGGCCGCCCCCGCUGCGCCCUUCCGGCCCUCGCAAGGCUUCCUGAGCCGGAGGCUUAAAAGCUCCAUCAAGCGUACGAAGUCACAGCCCAAACUUGACCGGACCAGCAGCUUUCGCCAGAUCCUGCCUCGCUUCCGAAGUGCUGACCAUGACCGGGCCCGGCUGAUGCAAAGCUUUAAGGAGUCUCACUCCCAUGAGUCCUUGCUGAGUCCUAGCAGUGCAGCUGAGGCCUUGGAGCUCAACUUGGAUGAAGAUUCCAUUAUCAAGCCAGUGCACAGCUCCAUCCUGGGCCAGGAGUUCUGUUUUGAGGUAACAACGUCAUCAGGAACAAAAUGUUUUGCCUGUCGGUCUGCAGCUGAACGGGACAAAUGGAUCGAGAAUCUCCAGCGGGCAGUAAAACCCAACAAGGACAACAGCCGCCGGGUGGAUAAUGUGCUGAAGCUGUGGAUCAUAGAGGCACGGGAACUGCCCCCUAAGAAGCGGUACUACUGCGAGCUCUGCCUAGAUGACAUGCUGUAUGCACGCACCACGUCCAAGCCCCGCUCAGCCUCUGGGGACACCGUCUUCUGGGGCGAGCACUUCGAGUUUAAUAACCUGCCGGCUGUCCGCGCCCUGCGGCUGCAUCUGUACCGUGACUCAGACAAAAAGCGCAAGAAGGACAAGGCAGGCUAUGUAGGCCUGGUGACUGUGCCCGUGGCCACCCUGGCUGGGCGCCACUUCACAGAGCAGUGGUACCCUGUGACCCUGCCAACAGGCAGUGGAGGGUCUGGGGGCAUGGGUUCGGGAGGGGGAGGAGGCUCGGGGGGUGGCUCAGGGGGCAAGGGCAAAGGAGGUUGCCCGGCUGUGCGGCUGAAGGCACGUUAUCAGACAAUGAGUAUCUUGCCCAUGGAGCUGUACAAAGAGUUUGCAGAAUAUGUCACCAACCAUUAUCGGAUGCUGUGUGCAGUAUUGGAACCUGCCUUGAAUGUCAAGGGCAAGGAAGAGGUUGCCAGCGCACUGGUUCACAUCUUGCAGAGUACAGGAAAGGCCAAGGACUUCCUUUCAGACAUGGCCAUGUCAGAGGUAGACCGGUUCAUGGAACGGGAGCACCUCAUAUUCCGCGAGAACACGCUCGCCACUAAAGCCAUAGAAGAGUAUAUGAGAUUGAUUGGUCAGAAAUACCUCAAGGAUGCCAUUGGGGAGUUCAUUCGUGCUCUGUAUGAAUCUGAGGAGAACUGUGAGGUAGACCCCAUCAAGUGCACGGCAUCCAGUCUGGCAGAGCACCAGGCCAACCUGCGGAUGUGCUGUGAGUUGGCCCUGUGCAAGGUGGUCAACUCCCAUUGCGUGUUCCCGAGGGAGCUGAAGGAGGUGUUUGCAUCUUGGCGGCUGCGCUGCGCAGAGCGGGGCAGGGAGGACAUCGCCGACAGGCUGAUCAGCGCCUCGCUCUUCCUGCGCUUCCUCUGCCCAGCCAUUAUGUCGCCCAGUCUUUUUGGGCUCAUGCAGGAGUACCCAGAUGAGCAGACCUCACGAACCCUCACCCUCAUUGCCAAGGUCAUCCAGAACCUGGCCAACUUUUCCAAGUUUACCUCAAAGGAGGACUUUCUGGGUUUCAUGAAUGAGUUUUUGGAGCUGGAGUGGGGUUCCAUGCAGCAGUUCCUGUACGAGAUCUCCAACCUGGACACGCUGACCAACAGCAGUAGCUUUGAGGGCUACAUCGACUUGGGCCGAGAGCUCUCCACAUUGCAUGCCCUACUCUGGGAGGUGCUGCCCCAGCUCAGCAAGGAAGCCCUUCUGAAGCUGGGCCCACUACCCCGGCUCCUCAACGACAUCAGCACAGCCCUAAGAAACCCCAACAUCCAAAGGCAGCCAAGCCGCCAGAGUGAGCGGCCCCGGCCGCAGCCCGUGGUGCUGCGGGGGCCGUCAGCUGAGAUGCAGGGCUACAUGAUGCGGGACCUCAACAGCUCUAUGGACAUGGCUCGUCUCCCCUCCCCAACCAAGGAAAAGCCACCCCCACCACCCCCUGGUGGGGGUAAAGAUCUGUUCUACGUGAGCCGACCACCACUGGCCCGGUCCUCCCCAGCAUACUGCACAAGCAGCUCGGACAUCACAGAGCCAGAGCAGAAGAUGCUGAGUGUCAACAAGAGUGUGUCCAUGCUGGACCUGCAGGGCGAUGGGCCCGGUGGUCGCCUCAACAGCAGUAGUGUUUCCAACCUGGCAGCUGUCGGGGACCUGCUGCAUUCAAGCCAGGCCUCACUCACAGCGGCCUUAGGGCUGCGGCCUGCUCCUGCUGGACGCCUCUCCCAGGGGAGUGGGUCGUCCAUCACAGCGGCGGGCAUGCGCCUCAGCCAGAUGGGUGUCACCACGGACGGUGUCCCUGCCCAGCAACUGCGCAUCCCCCUCUCCUUCCAGAACCCUCUCUUCCACAUGGCUGCUGAUGGGCCAGGGCCCCCAGCGGGCCAUGGAGGGAGUGGUGGCCAUGGCCCACCCUCUUCCCAUCACCACCACCACCACCAUCACCACCACCGAGGUGGAGAGCCCCCAGGGGACACCUUUGCCCCAUUCCAUGGCUAUAGCAAGAGCGAGGACCUCUCCUCAGGGGUCCCCAAGCCCCCUGCAGCCUCCAUCCUUCAUAGCCACAGCUACAGUGAUGAGUUUGGACCCUCUGGCACUGACUUCACCCGACGGCAGCUCUCACUCCAGGACAACCUUCAGCACAUGCUGUCCCCUCCCCAGAUCACCAUUGGUCCCCAGAGGCCAGCCCCCUCAGGGCCCGGAGGUGGGAGUGGUGGGGGCAGUGGUGGGGGUGGUGGGGGGCAGCCACCUCCGUUGCAGAGGGGAAAGUCUCAGCAGUUGACAGUCAGUGCUGCCCAGAAACCCCGGCCAUCCAGCGGGAACCUUUUACAGUCUCCAGAGCCGAGUUAUGGCCCUGCCCGUCCACGACAACAGAGCCUCAGCAAGGAGGGCAGCAUUGGGGGCAGCGGUGGCAGUGGUGGCGGAGGGGGUGGGGGGCUGAAGCCCUCCAUCACCAAGCAGCAUUCUCAGACACCAUCCACGCUGAACCCCACAAUGCCAGCCUCUGAGCGGACUGUGGCCUGGGUCUCCAAUAUGCCUCACCUGUCGGCUGACAUCGAGAGUGCCCACAUUGAGCGGGAAGAGUACAAGCUCAAGGAGUACUCAAAAUCGAUGGAUGAGAGCCGGCUAGAUAGGGUAAAGGAGUACGAGGAAGAGAUCCAUUCACUGAAGGAGCGGCUGCACAUGUCCAACCGGAAGCUGGAAGAGUAUGAGCGGAGGCUGCUGUCCCAGGAAGAACAGACCAGCAAAAUCUUGAUGCAGUAUCAGGCCCGACUAGAACAGAGUGAGAAGAGGCUGAGGCAGCAGCAGGUGGAGAAGGAUUCUCAGAUCAAGAGCAUCAUUGGCAGGCUGAUGCUGGUGGAGGAGGAGCUGCGCCGGGACCACCCCGCCAUGGCUGAGCCGCUGCCUGAACCCAAGAAGAGGCUGCUCGACGCUCAGGAGAGGCAGCUUCCCCCCUUGGGUCCAACAAACCCGCGUGUGACGCUGGCCCCACCUUGGAACGGCCUGGCCCCCCCAGCCCCGCCCCCCCCACCCCGGCUGCAGAUCACGGAGAACGGCGAGUUCCGAAACACCGCAGACCACUAGCCCACCCAGCAUCACAGACCUUCUUCUCCUUCCCUGUGCACUCCACCCCGGAACAGCACCAACCACCAGGACUGGACGUCACCGAGGGACAGUGGGAUUGCCUCCCUGAAUGCCUCCUUGGGGGUCACCAAUCCUCCACCCCCAUUGCACCAUUUCUAGGAGGGAGAGCGGUAACCCUCAGCCGCCCUCUCUUCCUUCCUGUCGGGGUGCUGCCCCCUCUCUGACCCCCAGGGACCCUUGCCCCAGGACACCUCCUAACCCACACAGACCCCCUUCACUCCGGGGUGCUACCCCCAUCCUCUGCCUCAUCGUUCCCCUGAGCACUGGGGGACAGACCCUCACCCCCCACCCUGGGGGUGUGGCACCUCCAAACUUUCAACUUCAGGGUGAUUUUUUAGCAGUAACCAGAGCUGACAAUCUAACUCCUCUCCAUCGCCCCAUUUUUGGCCUCCCCUGCCCCCCUUGUAAUGGGGAGGGGACCCCGGGUGAGGGGGCCCUAUUACCCCUUGAUUUCUCAGGAGCGUCUGGGGGGGCUCAGCACGCACAAACUCCUACUCCUCCUACCACUCUUAAAUUUAUUCCCUCCCCACCCAGAACCC